AUGGAACCCAUGUUCGGAUUUGCUGGCAUUGGCUUCACGGAAAGGCGAAGUGAUGGUGAAGAGAAAUAUGUGGAAACGAUGUUGGAGAGAAAUUUGGGGAGGAAUGACAACGGAUUUGUUCGAUCAAGUAGUAACAAAUGGUAUUUGCAGCUGAAUUUAUCGGAACUCACAGCUUUUCCUGAAAGCCACUGCACCAAGCCGGCUUGUGUGGAGUCGAUGACAUGGUCGCCUGACGGUGCUAUACUCGCAGUAACGAUGAAUGAUGGCCACUUACAUCUGAUUGAAGCGGAACAAGGGGCAAGCAUUUUUGGCAAUGGUGAUAUCGUGGAUGAACGUCUUGGCAAGAGCUUGCUGUAUCAGAUUUUGUAUAUGAAGUCACUGAGAAACACUAUUUUAUUCAUGAUUCGUGAUGAUUUCGUCGUGUUAGCCCUUGCCGGAGGUAUUAUACCCGUGUCUGAAAUCAGACUGGUGGAAAAACUUUCUCAUUUGAAGCUCGACGUCAUCAACAUUUACGAUGUGCUGUAUACCAAGCGAGACGGAUUGACAAUAGCUGUGACAGAUUACGGGCCUCGUCCCAAGUUGGAUGAAGUGGAUCGUGACCCAAUUUGCACUCGGAGCUCAUCGCGCUUGUGUGGAGAAUUUGUAGCGGACCCUUACAAGGGCGAAAGUACACAUAGUGAGAAGAAAUUCGGAUCACCUUCGUUUAUGGCUGAUGCUAUAAAUUGUCCCCAUACCCAUCUGGUUAAUAUCGAUUUCAAACUAAAAAAUGAAGAUCUCUUAUGGGAACUCCUGCUGAGAUAUCUGAAAAUGUAUCACUGCCUAGUUCAUCUGACGUAUUCGAUGGAACUUGCAAAGAAGGAUUGGGAGUCUGAGAGUAAGAUUUUCGCUAACCGUCUAAACACUACUCCACACGAUCUUCGUCUUGGUGAUGCUCUUUUGAAUAGCCUAUUAGGUGGAGCCCCUGGCCCAUUAGCAGAAAGAUGGCUUGAAAGAACGCUUGGCGCUGCAGGGAUACAGUCAAUGCGUGAAUUCGUUGAGAAGAAGUUCAGCGGUUUGGUGGCAUUGUUACGAGGGCAGCUAUCUGCAGCAGCGAGGUCACUCGCCUUUCAAAUGGAUCAGUAUCGUGAACUGGUCAUGAAGCUGCAGGACGCUAAUUUAAACUAUGAGAAUUUGGUUUUACCGUCGUGGAAUGCCACUAGUCGACCGAGCGAGUUUUCAUCGGCGUCCAGCUCUGCUCGAAUCCCGGAUGUGACUGCGGAUCACGUGUUCGAUGCGUUGGACUCGAAUACUUCACGACUCAUUCUUGAUCGGUUGCAUUCAGGAGGAAUCAGAAUUCAAGCAAAGUGCGCGGAGAUGACUCAGGCUGCUACCAGUAACUUAAGAGAGCUGUCACAGCUGGUUCGAUGGAUGUCACUAUUAACGCCGCUGCUAAAGAAUACAAAACGUCCUGCUCAAAUUAUGGAACAGAACUGCAAAUGGGACGUGGCCAGUUUGCUGAAGUAUAUUGUUCAAACGUUCACGACGGAUCGUAAUGAGCGCGAACUGCUGAGCCUGUCGCUUUUUAAAAUUGAGGAGGUUCUCAAGGAGUUACGAGCCGAAGAGACAAAGGAACAUUUCUCACAUGACGAACUUGCCUUGAAAAGAUCUGAGGAUGACCGAACCCUUAGCGAACUCUUAUCGUCUGCGCGCAAGUGUCCUGACUCACCAAUGUGUGAACCGACGGACACAUCGACUCCGCGCGCAAAUCCAACCCAUUGCCAGGUGCAGAACGAUUUCAUCCUUGACAAGGUCAACCCGUAUUGGUCCGAGGGGCUCGCUCAAGAGACAAAAAAUUUGCUGGGAGAUCGAUUUGGAUUGGAAGGAGUGAAGGAUGUUACUAGUUUGGAAGACAGAAGUCUGCUUGAUGUGAUCAAAGAAGUGACAGAAAUAGUGCAAGGAGCAAGUUUGUUAAUGAUUCAGAGUGACGCAAAUAUGAAGGUGAAGUGGAUGUACGAAUUAGCGUCAGACGCAUCACACUGUGGCUUUGACUCGGUACGAUUAUCGUUAUUCAAAUGGUCUAAUGCGAGGGAUAUGGACGUUUAUGAACGAAAGUUGUUUGGUAUCAAAGGCAAGGAUUUGGAAGGUGCGAUCUGUGCGAGCACGAUCAGCCGUGGUGGACUUGAAUGCGAGUGCCUACUGCCUCGCGGAGUCGGAAAGCUCAGAGCCGGUGUUCAGCAGGAAAUGAGCGUCUCGGUAGCCAUGCAAGCAGGAGGGUUCGUAGAAACAACUCCUGUCCAAAAUGAAGCCGCUGGUUGCGCAAAGGCAGAUCAUCAGUCUGAUGCUCCUUUACAGUUGGUGACAGAUGAGAAUGCUGUGUUCGGAAAUAUCACCAAAUUCCUUUCGGUUGAGAUGUACGCUGGUGGUCAUAUAUACGCCCUAGCGACUUUCAAAUCAGAAGCUGGUGAAAUGAACCGUCUAAUGCGGAAACACCCCAUGAUGGAGGCGUGGUUCGUCCAUAGUGGACUGACAGCAGACCCUUGUGAUUUGGCUUGUUUAUCGACAGAUCGCCAACAGGGCUGCAUAGUAUCUGAAGAGGGCUGCCGAGUGGCACUGUUCCGGGUCCAAAAUUCAUCUGUUGACGAGCAGCCUUCUUCCCUGCUGACUGAGGCACCAGUUCAACGGCCAGCACUUCAGCUGCUUACGCAUCACACUCGUUAA